GGCCCUUAGGGACAAGGGGUAGGGUAUGGGAACCCACGUCUGUGGGAGGGCUCGAGUCCCUAAAUGUGAAGAGGUUGGGGGGGUCUUGGGAUCCCACCUGCCUGGCUCCCUCCUCAGGAGGUUGAGCUGGGCUCUGCACCCUCCUCCCCAGGAGUUAACAGUGCUGCUGCUGCUGCUAUUGCUAGUGGAGGGAGGCUCCUGGGGAGGGAGCCCCCUUCGCCCCCUGUGCAGACCAACUAACGCCACUCUGGCUGCGGAGAGCGAUGCCUGCCCAGUGUGCGUCACCUUUACCACUACCAUCUGUGCUGGCUACUGCCCCAGCAUGGUGCGGGUGCUGCCGGCUGCGCUGCCUCCGGGCCCUCAGCUGGUCUGCACCUAUAGGGAACUGAGCUUCUCCUCCAUCCGGCUGCCCGGAUGUCCCCCUGGCGUGGACCCCGUCUUCUCCUUCCCUGUGGCCCUCAGCUGCAGCUGUGGAUCCUGCCGCCUGAGCCAUUCAGACUGCGGGGGCCCACGGGCCCGACCCCACCUCUGCACCCGGCCUCACCUCAGCCUCCGCCUCCUCUAGGGCGCAGACCUGGGGGCCCUAGCCUCUCCCUUCACCUCUAGGGUGGCACCUUCCAGUUCCUCUCUUCCCUCCACUCCCCUUUUCCAUCCCCUCCUCCCCACCAAUCCCCAAUAAAGGCUUCUCAUCUCA